CGACUGCGCGCUCGCUCGCCGGCAAGGGCGCGCGCGGCCGCCGUUGGCCGUUAGCACGGCUUGGGUGGUUGUCUUGGAGAACCAAGAUGGCGGCGACGACGGCCGCGGUGGUGGCGGAGGAGGACACGGAGCUGCGGGACCUGCUGGUGCAGACGCUGGAGAACAGCGGCGUCCUGAACCGCAUCAAGGCUGAACUCAGAGCGGCUGUGUUUUUAGCACUGGAAGAACAAGAAAAAGUAGAGAACAAAACUCCUUUGGUCAAUGAGAGCUUGAAAAAGUUUUUAAAUACAAAAGACGGUCGUUUAGUGGCUAGUCUCGUGGCAGAAUUUCUUCAGUUUUUUAACCUUGACUUCACCUUGGCUGUUUUCCAUCCUGAAACUAGCACACUUCAAGGUCUUGAAGGUCGGGAGAACUUAGCCCGAGAUUUAGGAAUCAUUGAAGCAGAAGGUACCGUGGGUGGACCCUUAUUAUUAGAAGUGAUUAGACGCUGCCAACAGAAAGAGAAAGGACUUACCAGUGGGGAAGGUGCAUUGGAUCUGUCCGAUGGACAUCCUCCUUCAAAGUCACCUGAAGGAAAAACAAGUGCCAACUCCACCCCAAGUAAGAUACCAAGGUAUAAAGGACAAGGUAAGAAGAAGACAAGCGGGCAGAAGUCUGGUGACAAGAAGACCAGCAGUGAGACCAGUGUCUCCUUGUCAGAGCCAAAGAGCAGGAGCAGCCUGCACUCGCUGGCCCCCGAGACGAGAAUUGCAUCCUUCCUGAGCAGCAGCACUCAAGACACCAAAGACAGAAGUGCUCUUUGUCCAGAUGAAGACGAUGCAGAAGGAGAUUCUUUCUUUGAUGAUCCCAUUCCCAAGCCAGAAAAAACAUACGGUUGGAGAAGUGAACCUAGGAAGCAAGUGGGGAGUCUGGCCUCACUUUCUGACAUACCCCCCCUAAGGAGCGGUCUGAGCUCCCUGGCAGGUGCCCCUUCAUUAACAGAUGCCGCGGAGAGUAAAAGAGGAAGCACGGUCCUGAAGGAUCUGAAAUUGGUCAGUGAGAAAAUUGGAUCACUUGGACUAGGAACUGGAGAAGAUGAAGACUAUGUUGAUGAUUUUCAUAGUGCUAGCCACCGCUCAGAAAAAAGUGAAUUAAGUAUUGGUGAAGAAAUUGAAGAAGACCUUUCCAUGGGCAUAGACGACGUUAACAGCAGUGAUAAAGUAAGGUGCUAGCACAUCUUUGGCUUGAUGACCUCACACAAGACCUGACUGUUUCCCAGCUCAGCGACGUGGCCGAUUAUCUGGAAGAUGUUGCAUAGACAGGAAAGGAAGUAUUGUGAUCAGCAGAAGAGGAAGGACUUUGGGCUCCGUGGUCCCGUCAGUCACCCUUGCUGGAACGCACGCUCCUGCUGGUGCCUUGCAUUUCAAAAAGACUGCAGAUAUUUUUAAAAGUUAACUUUUCAGUUUAGUAAACAAAAUACUUCCUAUAUGAGCCUGUGUCUAGGAGACUAAUAUGCUUGAUUUGGUUUAGCUUUAUAUCUCCAAGGAAAUGGUAUUUGGGCUCAUUCUAGCAAGGGAACCCCUGAAGUAUCAGUGUUAAAGAGCGUAAAGAGGGAUCAGUAUAGCCGUAGUUCUGUCACUGUGUCUCAGGCUGCUGCCGAGACCUUUGAACCUUAGUGCUAGCCAUCCUGACCUGAUAAAUCUGUGGUGCUGAAACGUACCAAUACAAGGUAAAUUGAUGUGUGAACUUUAUUUUGUAUUUCCUUCCAUUUGGAAGGUUUGUUAGACCAUUAAGGUUAUAUUAAAGUUCUCUGUGCUAUUAGUUUUGCUUGUUUUAAACUAGGAGUGGCUUGGACUCUUAAUUGGCAGACUUGUCGCUAACAGUUAACAUUUAAGGUCGCAUUUCAUCCUGCUGUCUCAAGCAGCUGUAGACACAGAUUACUUCAGUACAGUCUUAUUAUUUCUAUGCCCUGAAACAUCCAAUACCAAAAUGCAUCUGAAACCAUUAAGCAGUGCUUUUAUUUCAGAUCUGUAAGUUGAUUAUAUUUAAAUCCAAAUUGGAAUGAAAUAGUAGUAAUGGCCUAAGACCAUGUAUAUUCAGUUUGACAGACUUUGUACACUGUACAUAAUUGUACUGUAGUCCUUAAAAAUUUUGAGUCAAUAAUAGAAUUUCUGGCAGAUUUAAUUUGUGCUGUUGUGUGUAGUGCUGCAGGGAUAUAGGCCACUGGCAUUUGUAGUGCUAAAAUAUUUUAAAUGUACAUACACCAUCAUACUGAUAAGUAAAAUUUAGGAAUUGUGAAACUUUGAUACAUUUCAUUUUAAUUAAGACUGUUAAAAGUUACCUUUAUUGCCGGGCGGUGGUGGUGCAUGCCUUUAAUCCCAGCACUUGGGAGGCAGAAGCAGGCGGAUCUCUGGGAGUUCGAGGCCAGCCUGG